UUAGUUGCAGUCCGGUCCAUAAUGGGGGCGAUAGUCCAUUUACUUGCAUUUAUAGUGCUAAUUGGCAUCAGCGGAGCGAGGUACGAACCGAAUUGGGAAUCCAUUGACUCCAGACCCCUGCCAGAGUGGUACGACCAGGCCAAGUUCGGCAUCUUCAUACACUGGGGAGUCUUCUCCGUGCCCAGCUUUGGCAGCGAGUGGUUCUGGUGGUACUGGCAGAAACAGAAGCAGAAGCCGUAUGUUGACUUCAUGCAGAGGAAUUAUCCCCCAGACUUCAAGUAUCAAGAUUUUGCGCCGCUCUUUACGGCUGAGUUCUUUGAUGCCAAAGAAUGGACGGACAUCUUUGCCUCAUCUGGAGCAAAGUACAUCGUCCUGACCACAAAACACCACGAAGGUUUCACACUCUGGGGCUCCAAAACUUCUUGGAACUGGAACGCAGUGGAUGUAGGCCCGAAGCGAGACGUGGUGGACGAAGUGGCGAGCGCUGUGCGCGCUCAGGGGGACCUGCGUCUGGGGCUGUAUCACUCUCUCUUUGAGUGGUUUAACCCGCUUUUCGAACAGGACGCCGCCAACCUCUUCAAAACCAAUUACUUCCCCACCAUGAAAACGCUGCCCGAGCUGUACGAGCUCAUCGUCAAGUACAAACCCGAGGUGCUGUGGUCCGAUGGGGAUGGAGACGCGCCUGAUAAGUACUGGAACAGCACCGGCUUCCUGGCCUGGCUCUACAACGACAGUCCAGUACGAGACACGGUGGUCACCAAUGACCGGUGGGGCUAUGGCUCCAUCUGCACUCACGGUGGAUACUACACCUGCUCCGAUCGCUACCAACCAGGACACCUGCUCAAACACAAAUGGGAGAACUGCAUGACCAUCGACUCAAAGUCGUGGGGCUACCGACGAAACGCUCCUCUGCGCGACUACCUCACCAUCGAGCAGCUCGUGGCUAAUCUGGUGGAGACUGUGUCCUGCGGAGGAAACCUGCUGAUGAACAUCGGCCCCACGCACGACGGGAGGAUCGCUCCCAUCUUCGAAGAGCGUCUGAGGCAGAUGGGCCAGUGGCUGAAGGUGAACGGAGAGGCCAUCUACAACACGACCGCAUGGCGCUCUCAGAACGACAGCGUCACUCCAAAUAUCUGGUACACCUCCAAGCCAACAGAGAAGACCGUCUUUGCUGUUUUACUGAAAUGGCCGGGUAACGGCUCUGUGAUUCUGACUGAGCCGGUGGCUCUACCAGGACUCACAAAGGUGGACCUCCUCGGUCACGGCCCUCUGCAGUGGGAACCUUUGUCCCCCCGCGGACUGCGGGUCACCCUGCCUCAGCUGUCCUUCAGUCAGAUGCCAUGCCAGUGGGCCUGGACUCUGGGGGUGAGGGGCGCCAGGUGA